UUAUUGUGGGAAUUUUCCUCCGUUACUGCGCCGUAGUCGUGUUAAAUGCAAGACACAGUGGAUAUGGUGGACGACCCAGAGUAUGAAGAGGAAGAGCCCUCUUUUAGCGACCCCGAGGACUACGUGGACGAUGUCGAUGAUGACGAGCUUCUUGAUGAUGUCCUGAGGGAGAAGCCCCAAGAGGCUGAUGGCAUAGACUCAGUGGUGGUGGUGGACAACGUUCCUCAGGUGGGCCCUGAGCGUUUGGAGAAACUCAAGAAUGUCAUCCACAAGAUCUUCUCCAAGUUUGGAAAGAUCACUACAGAGUUCUACCCAGAGGCUGAUGGCAUGACCAAAGGGUACAUCUUCUUGGAAUAUGCUUUUCCUACUCAGGCCAUGGAAGCAGUAAAAAAUGCAGAUGGAUACAAACUCGAUAAACAACACACAUUCAGAGUCAACCUCUUUACUGACUUUGACAAGUACAUGAACAUCAGUGAUGAGUGGGAAACCCCUGAGAAACAGCCCUUUAAAGAUUUUGGCAAUAUGCGCCAUUGGAUUGAGGACCCAGAUUGCCGUGACCAGUACAGUGUGAUCUACGAAGCUGGAGAAAGGACUGCCAUCUUCUCUAAUGAUGCUAAGGAAUCAAUCACAGUGGAAGAGAGAGCACGCUGGACAGAGACAUACGUGCGCUGGUCUCCUAAAGGAACGUACCUGGCCACAUUCCACCAGCGUGGCAUUGCUCUGUGGGGUGGAGAGAAGUUCAAACAGAUUCAGAGGUUCAGCCAUCAGGGAGUGUCCCUCAUUGACUUCUCACCAUGUGAGAGGUAUGUUGUGACAUUCAGUCCACUGAUGGACACCAAAGAGGAUCCACAGGCCAUCAUCAUCUGGGACAUUCUCACUGGACAGAAGAAGAGAGGCUUCCACUGCGAGAGCUCUGCACACUGGCCUAUAUUCAAAUGGAGUCAUGAUGGAAAGUUCUUUGCCAGAAUGAGCCCAGACACAUUGAGCAUCUAUGAAACUCCUUCUAUGGGCUUGCUCGACAAGAAGAGUCUAAAGAUUAAUGGGAUCAAGGACUUCUCCUGGUCUCCUGGUGACAACAUCAUAGCAUUCUGGGUACCUGAAGACAAAGACAUCCCAGCAAGAGUGACUCUGAUGCAGAUGCCUUCGCGUCAAGAGAUCCGGGUCCGCAACCUCUUCAACGUUGUCGACUGCAAACUGCACUGGCAGCGGAAUGGAGAUUAUCUAUGCGUCAAAGUAGACAGGACUCCUAAAGGAACACAGGGUGUUGUUACCAACUUUGAAAUCUUCCGUAUGCGAGAGAAGCAGGUUCCUGUUGACGUGGUGGAGAUGAAGGAAAGCAUAAUAGCCUUUGCCUGGGAGCCCAACGGCAGCAAGUUUGCUGUUCUCCACGGAGAGUCUCCAAGAAUCAAUGCCUCCUUUUAUCAUGUCAAAAACAAUGGCAAGAUAGACCUCAUAAAGAUGUUUGACAAGCAGCAGGCCAACAGCAUUUUCUGGAGCCCCCAGGGACAGUUUAUGGUGCUGGCUGGACUCAGGAGUAUGAAUGGAGCUCUCGCCUUUGUCGACACAUCAGACUGCACCAUGAUGAAUAUAGCAGAGCACUACAUGGCCUCUGACGUGGAGUGGGACCCAACUGGUCGCUACGUUGUCACCUCAGUCUCCUGGUGGAGCCACAAGGUGGACAAUGCAUACUGGCUGUGGACGUUCCAGGGUCGUCUUCUUCAGAAGAACAACAAGGACCGCUUCUGUCAGCUGCUCUGGAGACCCAGACCUCCUACCCUGCUCAGCUCAGAACAGAUCAAGAUGAUUAAGAAGGAUCUUAAGAAGUACUCAAAGAUCUUUGAGCAGAAGGAUCGUCUAAGCCAGUCCAAGGCUUCUAAGGACCUGGUGGACAAGCGCAGGACCAUGAUGGAGGAGUACCAUCAAUACAAGGAGGCAGCGCUGCAGCUCUAUCUUGAACAGAAGAGCAUGCGCCUCGAGCUCCGAGGAGGUGUGGACACUGAUGAGCUAGACAGCAACGUGGAAGACUGGGAUGAGGAGACCAUUGAGUUUUUUAUCAACGAAGAAAUCAUUCCUCUCGGAGAUCUGUAGUCACCUACUCAGUCAAUCAUUUUUUGUGUGGAAGGAGGAGAGAGGAGCUGGAUCAUUGACUGGAGAAGGACGACGACCACGCUGUGAAUCUUGUGGCCUCGACACUUUAGUGCGUCAUCAACGUGCGCCUUGCGGAUCAGCAACCUCGUUGAGGGACGACAGAGGAUACUUCAAACUCUAUUCUCUGCCACCAUCAUCCGCCCCAAAUUUAUUCUCUGUGGAAAUAUUUAAUAAUACUGCCUCUUCUUUUCUAUUCAUUAGUAGCAGUCAAUUUCAGCCCCUUCUGUUAUCAGACCUUGGGGUUGUUUUUGUACUAGCCUCAUCAUGCUAGCGUGUUUUCAUACGGCAGCACAGAGUGCCAGAGCGGUGGUAGGUGGAGGUGUUGUGACUAAACAAGUAGCCGUGUUAAUAAAUGUGCUGAUGUGGCGCCAUAGUGGCCUGUAUCCUCCUCCUUUCAGACUAGGCUUUCACACAGGGAAGGGUUGUGAAGCGGGAAAAACUUUAAAUAAAUAUUCAAACUCUGUAAACGA